UGCUGGUUGCCGGCCACCAGCAGGCUGGGCUCGGAGAUGGCUUCCCAACCGCCGUCCACCCCCUUGUGCUCGGAAUCCCUGGAUGAUGACCUGAAGACAGUGUCCGAGCUGCGUAGAGUGAAGCUGCCCUCGAUGCCCUCCAGCGACCUUGAGCCCCUCUUCCGCAAGCUGCCGGCUGUGAUCAGGGCCUGUGGCCGCUUCAAGCUGUUGACUUUGGAGGCGCGCCAGAACCGGCUGCUGGCUCCCCUUGACCCCCUAGAGGUCAGCAAGGACUCUCCACCACCCGAGGAGCACCCGAAGUCUGAGAAGAGGUUCUGGGGCGACCAGGAGACCCUCUCCAAGAUCCCAUUUAAAAUUCUGAGGGGACACAAGGACCUUGUGAGCUCCUGUAGCUUCUGUGUGGAUGAUACGAAGUUCCUCAGCUGUUCCCAUGACAGUACCCUGAAGCUGUGGGAUGCUGUGGAUGGCUUCGUCAUUCGGGAUUUCGAUCAUAAGCCCAAAGCUCCUGUCUUGGAGUGCAGCGUGACGGCUGACAGCAGAAGAAUUAUCACAGCGUCCUACGACAAAGCGGUGAAGGCUUGGGACCUUGAGACAGGCAAGCUGCUGUGGAAGAUCAAUUACGAAACCUUCAUAGCCUCCUGCAAGGUUUCUCCUGAUGGCAAAUAUGUGGUCUCAGCCUUGGACGUGGACCGGGCCAUCUGUAUAAUGGAUGCAGAAAACGCCACCACCGUGUCAUACAUCAAAAAUCAUCACAACCGGUCUCUCACAGCAUGCUGCUUUGACCCUGACAGCCAGAAGGUGGCUUCUGUCUCACUGGACAAAAGCAUCAAGAUCUGGGAUCUUACAUCCCGGGCCACGCUGCUUACCAUCACCAAGGCACAUUCCGGUGCAAUCUCAAACUGCUGUUUUACCUUCAGUGGCCAUUUCCUGUGUACGAGCUCCUGGGAUAAAACCUUAAAAAUAUGGAAUGUCCAUACGGGGGAGUUUCGGAACUCUGGAGCCUGUGUGACUCUGAUGAAGGGCCAUGAAGGUUCUGUGAGCUCCUGCCACUUUUCCAGAGAUACCUCUGUUCUCGUAUCUGGAGGGUUCGACAGGACUGUGGCUAUCUGGGAUGUAGGAGAAGGCUACCGGAAGCUCUCCUUGAAGGGCCAUAGUGACUGGGUGACAGACGUUGCCAUUAGCAACAACAAGAAAUGGGUCCUGUCUGCUUCAAAGGACAAAACCAUGAGACUAUGGAAUAUUGAAGAAAUUGACGAAAUUCCUCUGGUAAUCAAGUGCAAAAAGGCCCUGGGCUUAAAGGUGAAACAGUGUGAAGUAUGUGACAGGCCUUUCUCCAACUAUGAAAGUGACAUCUUUUCUGAAACGGUCACCAAAUGUGUGUUCUGCCGGAUGGAUGCAAAAGGCUCAUUAACAGAGGCCUCAUCAUCAUUAGGAGGGGAAGACUCACCGUCACAGGAGUACAGCCCGAUCGCCAAUGACUGAUGCUCACUGGGCUUGCUGACUGACUUGAGCUCGGGUCCCGUGUGAAGCAGGUUUUGGGGCUCUGAAGGAACCUUUCUCUACGGCUAGACCCAGCCCAGGUGAGCGUGUCAGACUGGGGCAGGGGCAUGGCCUCAGCUCCACAGCCCCCCUGGGGAUCAAACACUGUUUUUAGAUUUCAUGCAGAAUAAAUCUCGAUUCCUUUAGA